CCUUGGCCAAUGAGAACCAGAUCACUUUUCCACCAAACCACCCUUUUCACGAUUUGCAGAGGGGCUAGCUUCUCCAAAUGUCACUGCUACGGGAACAGAGGCAGACUUAAAUAUCUGCUCCAGACUUUACUUCGAAAAGUUGUUUUAUAAGCUAUCAGGACGGAUGAAGACUCAAGGAUCUAUACGGAUUUGGGCACAUAAUGUUGGGAUGGAGUUGCAAGACUUUGGCUCAAGGAAAGACUAGUAUAUAUUCUCCUAAUUUCUACCGGGUGGAUGCGCUAGUAUUCUAUCUUGGAUUAUUGUCGCUUUUGCUGAACUCGCACUGUUUCUCUCUCGCUUCGCUCUGUGCUUUGUUUUUCUUGUUUGGACUAUGGCCUCGGAUCCCAGAGUCCCAGGGGCCGGUGUUUUUGGAGAUUUACCCCCAAGUUAUACACGUUCUCCGCCGCGAGUAAACUCAGAUCUUCUCCGGAGACCCAGUUACUGCCACGCUGCUUUCGCAUUAAAACAGAUUUCUAAGGGGACGGCUGUGGGUCAGAAAGCCCCGUUGUGGAUUCGGGCGAGGUUCCAGGCUCUUCUCUUUUCUUUGGGCUGUCACAUCCAGCGACAUUGUGGAAAAGUCCUUUUCAUUGGACUGCUUGUGUUCGGUGCCUUGUCUGUGGGUUUGCGGGUUGCUGCCAUUGAGACGGACAUUGAGCAACUAUGGGUGGAAGCCGGUAGCCGAGUGAGUCGGGAGCUGCGCUACACCAAGGAGAAGCAAGGAGAGGAGUCUGUGUUCACGUCGCAGAUGCUCAUACAAACCCCCAAACAGGAAGGAACUAACAUUCUAACCCAGGAUGCUUUGCUGCUUCACCUGGAGGCAGCGCUCUCGGCCAGCAAGGUCCAAGUGUCUCUGUUUGGAAAAUCAUGGGAUCUUAAUAAAAUAUGCUACAAAUCUGGAGUCCCUAUCAUAGAAAAUGUCAUGAUUGAAAGGAUGAUUGACAAGCUGUUCCCCUGUAUGAUUGUUACCCCACUGGACUGUUUCUGGGAAGGUGCAAAGCUCCAGGGGGGGUCAGCAUACUUACCGGGGAUGCCGGACAUCCAGUGGAUGAACCUGGACCCUCUGAAGCUGAUGGAGGAGCUCAGCCAGUUCACCAGUCUGGAGGGCUUCAGGGAGAUGCUGGACAAGGCCCAGGUGGGCCACGCCUACAUGAACCGCCCCUGCCUGGACCCCAAUGACUCCGACUGCCCCCUCAGCGCACCCAACAAGGACCUGAGAGAGAGUCCUGACAUUUCUGGGCAGCUCCAAGGCGGUUGCCACGGCUUCUCCAAAAAGUUCAUGCACUGGCAGGAGGAGCUGAUCCUGGGCGGUCGGGUCAAGGACACCCAGAAUGCUUUGCAAAGUGCGGAGGCACUCCAGACCAUGUUUCUCCUGAUGAGCCCCAAGCAGCUCUACGAACACUUUAAGGACGACUAUGAGAUCCAUGACAUCAACUGGAACGAGGACAAGGCCACCGCCAUCCUGGAGUCCUGGCAGAGGAAGUUCGUGGAGGUGGCUCAUGGCAGUAUCCCCCAAAACUCCACUUCAGAGAUCCACGCCUUCUCCACCACCACCCUCAACGACAUCAUGAAGUCCUUCUCUGAUGUCAGUGUCAUUCGGGUGGCUGGAGGCUACCUGCUCAUGCUGGCCUAUGCCUGUGUGACCAUGCUCCGUUGGGACUGUGCCAAGUCCCAGGGGGCCGUGGGGCUGGCUGGUGUGCUCCUGGUGGCUCUGUCUGUGGCAGCUGGCCUGGGGCUGUGCUCUCUGCUGGGCCUGUCCUUUAACGCUGCCACCACACAGGUUCUUCCCUUCCUGGCUCUGGGGAUCGGUGUGGAUGACAUGUUCCUUCUGGCCCACUCCUUCACUGAGACUGGCAUCAACAUCCCCUUUAAGGAGAGAACAGGGGACUGCCUGAGGAGGACUGGCACCAGCGUGGCGCUCACCUCCAUCAACAACAUGAUCGCCUUCUUCAUGGCAGCCCUGGUCCCCAUCCCAGCACUGCGCGCCUUCUCUCUGCAGGCGGCCAUUAUUGUGGUGUUCAACUUCGCCAUGGUGCUUCUUAUCUUCCCGGCCAUCCUGAGUUUGGACCUGCACCGUCGGGAGGUCAAACGUCUGGACAUCCUGUGUUGUUUCUACAGCCCCUGCUCCUCCCGGGUCAUCCAGAUCCAACCCCAGGAGUUCUCCGAUGCCAACGACAACACCACCCAUAGCCACGCGCCUGGCGCCCAGACUACAACGACCUACACAGGCUCCACCAUCACCACUAGCACCCAGAUCACCACCACCGUCCAGGCCUUCACCCAGUGUGAUGCUGCGGGCCAGCACAUAGUCACCAUCCUGCCCCCCACCUCCCAGAUCUCCACCAGCCCUCCAUCUGUGGUGGUGGCCACCUCCCCCGCUCCCCCUUCCCCCACCGACCCCUACGGCUCCCAGCUCUUCACCCCCUCCAGCUCCACCCGGGACCUCCUGGCCCAGAUGGACGAGUCCAAGGAGGCCAGGGAGUGUGUUCCUCUCCCCUUCUUUCGCUGGAACCUGUCAAGCUUUGCCCGGGACAAGUACGCUCCUCUCCUCCUAAAGCCAGAGAGCAAGGUGGUGGUCGUGGUCCUCUUCGUGACUCUGCUGGGGCUCAGCUUGUACGGAACCACCAUGGUUCAUGACGGACUCUACCUGACCGACAUUGUGCCCCGCGACACCAAGGAGUACGACUUCAUCAACGCCCAGUUCAAGUACUUCUCUUUCUACAACAUGUACCUGGUGACCAUGGACGGCUUUGACUACGCCCGCUCCCAGCGUCUCCUCAUCCAGCUGCACAACUCUUUCACCUCGGUCAAGUACGUGGUGAGGGACAGCGACCAGCAGCUACCCCGGAUGUGGCUGCACUAUUUUCAGGACUGGCUAAGAGGACUGCAGGCUGCCUUCGAUGCAGACUGGGAGGCAGGCAGGAUCACCUGGGAUAACUACCGUAAUGGCACUGAGGACGGUGUUCUGGCCUACAAGCUGCUCAUCCAGACCGGCUCCAAGAAGGACCCCUUCAACUACAACCAGCUGACUUCGCGUCGUCUGGUGGAUGAGGACGGUCUAAUUCACCCAGACGUCUUCUAUAUCUACCUGACUGUGUGGGUGAGCAACGACCCCCUGGGCUAUGCUGCCUCUCAGGGUAACUUCUACCCUCACCCCCGUGAGUGGAUCCACGACAAGUACGAUACCACCGGAGAGAACCUGCGCAUCCCUGCCGCAGAGCCCCUGGAGUUUGCCCAGUUCCCCUUCUACCUGAACGGCCUGAGGCAGGCAUCCGACUUCAUUGAGGGUAUUGAGAGUGUGCGCACCAUCUGCGAGGAGUUCACCCGUAAAGGCGUGCUCAACUACCCCAACGGGUACCCCUUCCUGUUCUGGGAGCAGUACAUCGGCCUGCGACACUGGUUCCUUCUGGCGGUCAGCGUGGUGCUAGCCUGCACCUUCCUGGUCUGUGCCAUCCUCCUGCUCAACCCCUGGACCGCUGGCAUCAUUGUCUUCAUCCUGGCCAUGAUGACGGUGGAGCUCUUCGGUAUCAUGGGCCUGAUCGGCAUCAAACUCAGUGCCAUCCCAGUGGUCAUCCUUAUCGCCUCUGUAGGCAUCGGCGUCGAAUUCACCGUCCAUAUCGCACUGGCCUUUCUGACGGCCGUAGGGAAUAGGAACAGGCGUUCUGCGGUGGCCCUGGAGCACAUGUUUGCCCCUGUGAUUGACGGGGCCAUCUCUACUUUGCUGGGGGUCCUAAUGCUGGCUGGCUCCGAGUUUGACUUCAUCCUGAGGUACUUCUUUGCGGUGCUGGCUAUCCUGACCGUGCUGGGGAUCCUGAAUGGACUGGUGCUGCUACCCGUGCUGCUCUCCCUCAUGGGCCCACCCCCGGAGGUCACCCCGUCCGACAACGGCAGCUGCCUGUCGCCGGAGCCCCUCUCCCCUCCCAUGACCCACCACGGCUACUACGCGGGACACGGCCCACUCAGCCCGCGACAACAGGCCUUCUCAGAGUCCUCCGAGUCAGAGUGCUACUCUGAGACGACUACCACGUCAGGGAUAGGGGAGGAGUACAAGUACGGUGACCGCAGUCCUUACAUCACCCCUCCUACCUCCCACAUACUGCUGGAGGCCAGCAAGAACCCCAGCUUCCCCAAGCUCACGGUGGUGAAACCGUUCCAAGGGAACCAAUCUGUAACUGCUCAGAAAGAACUCUUAAAUGAAUCUUCUCCGAAUGCGGUUAACUCGGUCAGCUCUCAACUCAAGCAGUGGGAUAACAAAUAUGAUUACAAUUCUGACCAGGGACCCAGGAGGCAACAUUUACCCAGUGACAGGACCCAAGGUCCUGGGAGGACUAAUCACUGUGGUCCCAGGUCUCAGACACAUAAAGGGCCUCAUCAGAACAGGACUAAGAUGCCGGCCUAUAAUGGCGGUACCGUGCCCAGUAGUUCUGUUACUACCAUGGUUACGGCCACGGCCUCGGUGACUGUGGCGGUGCACCCCAGCGUACCGGGGGCCUACCAGGGUUACAUGCAUGAGGGCUACGAGGACAGUGAAUCAGACUGUUUUGAGGACACUAAGAGGACUUCACAAUCUUGUGGGAAAGCUCCCCAAUCUUCCAAGCGUGAAUCCUUGGAGCUUCAAGACCUGGAAUCUGUACAGAACCACUAUCAGGCAAACCAGGCACAAGGUGGCCCAUGGAUCCAGGCAGCCAAAGAUUGCUAGACACCCUGCUACCCCACCCUGCCCCUAUGUCUGGAAUCCUUCUCUGGCUGCCUCCGAUACCCAGCCCGUUCUCUUUGAUCUGUACAUAGACCUCACACAGACAAGAGGAUUUAUUUGUAAAGAUAUUAAAAAAAGGUCUUGUUUUAAGAAUAUAUAAAUAUAUGAGUAUAUAUUUUAAUACUAAAAAGAGGGAAACAACUAUUUAAAAGAGUACUGUAUAACUUGGCUAUUCUCUUGUGUAGAGUCAGAUAUAUAAGAUGAUUGGGGGGGGGGGGGGGUCCUCCCUUUGUAUAGAUUUAGAAGAUGCUAUAUGUAAAACAGUUCAGAGUCAGGGGUUAUUAAGAUAUUAGGUUGUUGAAAAUACAAGGCCAGUGUUUGUUUUUUUGCUGCUACACUUAAAAAAAAUUGAAAUAAUUUGCAGUACCCCCCUCCCCCCGAUCUAAGUUGAGAAUUAACUUGAGAUAUUCUAGAUGUUCUUACACUGAGAGUGGAGGGUGCCUUAUUGAUUAAGCUCCGUAACACACACACACACACACACACACACACACACACACACACACACACACACACACACACACACACACACACACACACACACACACACACACACACACACACACACACACACUAGCUAUGAUCUAUUCAGAUGAUCCAUUGUUGGUCAUUGAUUGCACUGUACAAAUACAAACAAGCUCAGUAAAUCUUUUCUUCCUCUUCUACCAAUAACAACCAUUGUGCCUUCACAACACCUACCCUCUUGGAAUUCAUAAGCACAGUAUAUAUAUUCAAAGUUGGAUGUAAAUAUGAUAUUUGUCCUGUUUGUUUGAGAGCAUAAUUUCAUACCUUUUUUUUCAUGUUAAGAAUCCCCUGAUAUGUACAAGACGUGUUUUCAUUUACUGGUGUGAUAUGAUGCAAAUACUAUUAGCAAAACAAUAGCAUAUUCUCCUUUGGUUUCUUCCAUAAUACACAGGCUGCUCAUCCAGAAUAAAGCCCGUGUUCAGACAGUAAAUUAAUAUAUUACCAUGUAUUGGUCCAUUUCAAUCACCUGUAGCUCUGUAUGUCUGUAUGCAGUCAGCAACUUGACUUGGUGUCACUUUGGGUUGAAGUUUCUUGAGCGUCGUUCAUUGUGUCCCAGCUCACUGGCAUGUUGCAUUAUGAUCGUUGUCUCGUUGUUAUUUUGCAGUCUACAUGUUUUAUUACUUGAAGGAGCUAUGAGAAGAGUUUUUUUUCUUUCCUGGGGUUAUCUAAGCUGUACAUUGGGUAAGGCUAACUUUGUCAUCCCCCCCCUCGUCCUCCAACUCAACUGGGGUCUAAGGGGUAAUAUUUGACUAAUGCUGGUUGUUUACCCAAUUUUAUUCUGAAAGGGAAUUUAUAUCAAAUGCAAAGGGAGGUUUUUGUUUUCUCUUAAAUGUUUUGGCUGCUUUAGGUUUGUGGUAGACAUUAUUUCAACCCUGUGCAAUUGUUGACUAGGUAGUGCAUUUUGUGCAGAGAACUACUCCAAGAACCACUUACUGUCUCUCUCUCUCUCUCUCUCUCUCUCUCUCUCUCUCUCUCUCUCUCUCUCUCUCUCUCUCUCUCUCUCGCUCUCUCACGUCGUUGUAGCUCACAUGCAAGCCAGCAUUUCUGUGAUUUAGUUUUUGUUUAAUUUGUACGUUUGUAUUAUGGACAAAGUUCAGUCGUUCAGUAUUGGUCACAUCACUGCCAAUUUAAAUGCAGGGAAAUGUAAUAGAUUUAGGUGGCAGCUUGGGUUUCUUUGGUACAUAGAGUUAUGAAAGAAAAAUAAAGUAGCUACUGUGCAUUCUGGAAGUAAACAACAAAAUAAUAAGAGAACAACCUACAUUCAUUCACUGCUUCAAUACAGAAAUACCUGAGUGUGUAAGUUAUAUGAGUGGGAGGGUGGGGGUUCGUUCAAAUGUGUGUCAUGCCAUAUAAAUUAUUUAUAUAAAAUUUUAUUUUUGUAGUUUGUACAGAUGUUAGUCACUAGACUGAAGUUCUAUUUUUAAAGAGUAAAUAUAUAUUAUAUAUAAUUAUAUCUAUUGUUACAGAUUUGUUUUUUGUUGUUUUUGUUUGUUUGGUUGCUAUUAUUUUUGUGAGGGGUGGGAGAGCGGGGGAGGGGGGGUGGGGGGAGUGGGAGGGAGUUGUCCACAAUGAGUAGGGGGGGUUUCAGACAGACCCUGUUUUGUUUUUGUUUUUUGGAGAGAAGGGUACACUUGGAAAAUGAAGGAGAGGUGUGGCAGACACUGUCCACCAUGUUACGUUUCCUUACCUUUCCUUCUUCAUUUAAUGAUUUGAAGUUGUACUCUUUUUGUCGAUGUCUAAAACACUGUGACUUCCGAAAACUAUGCUCAAGAAAACCCUUGUGUGACCAUUAUUUUCCCUCACCUUCUAUACGAAUUUAACUAACAAAAUAAAUUCAAAUGAAAAAAAA